CCUGCGCCGCUGGUGCCGCCUCCGCCUCCGCCUCCGCCGCUGCCUCUGCCGCCGCUUUGGAGGGAGGGAGGCGGGCGGGCGUCGCCUCCUCCAUCCUGGCAUUUCGGAGCCUCCAUCCUGGCCUCUCAAGUGCCCGGACCCAAAACAGGAAAGUUGAUUAUGACCACAGUUGAAGAAGAAUCUGACACAGUGACAGUGGAAACCGUGAAUUCCGUGACUCUGACCCAAGACCCUCAAGGAAACCUCAUUCUUCACUGCCCUCAGGAUGAGGCAGACGAAGUAGACUCGGAAGACGGCAGUGAGCCUCCCCAUAAAAGGCUUUGCCUGUCCUCGGAAGAUGACGAGAGCAUCGAAGGACACCCGCCCUGCAUCUCAGUCGUGGCGCUUCCAAUGUCAGAAAGCGACCAGAGCUUUGAGGUGACCAUGACAGCCACCACAGAAGUAGCUGACCAUGAGGUGAACGAAGGAACGGUCACUCAGAUUCAGAUCCUUCAGAACGAGCAGCUGGACGAAAUCUCUUCUCUAGCCAACGAAGAAGUCUCGGCUGUCAGUCAGGCCUGGUUCACAACCAAAGAGGACAAGGACUGUCUCACAAACAAAGGUCAUAAGUGGAAGCAGGGCAUGUGGUCGAAGGAAGAAAUUCAGAUUUUGAUGAGCAACAUUGAGCGCUAUCUGAAGGCCCGUGGGAUCAAAGAUGCCACCGAGAUCAUUUUUGAGAUGUCCAAAGAUGAGAGGAAAGAUUUCUACAGGACCAUCGCCUGGGGUUUGAACCGGCCCCUCUUUGCCGUUUAUAGACGUGUCCUUCGCAUGUACGACGACCGAAACCACGUUGGCAAGUAUACCCCCGAAGAGAUUGAAAAACUCAAAGAAUUAAGGAUCAAGCACGGCAAUGACUGGGCGACGAUCGGAGCGGCUCUCGGACGGAGCGCCUCCUCCGUAAAAGACCGAUGCCGGCUGAUGAAGGACACCUGUAACACAGGGAAAUGGACGGAGAAAGAGGAGAGGAGGCUGGCUGAAGUGGUCCACGAAAUGACCAGCACGGAGCCCGGGGACAUCGUCACGCAAGGGGUCUCCUGGGCCGCGGUGGCCGAGCGGGUGGGAACCCGGUCGGAGAAGCAGUGCCGCUCCAAAUGGCUCAACUACCUCAACUGGAAGCAGAGCGGAGGAACCGAGUGGACCAAGGAAGACGAAAUCAACCUCAUCCUCAGAAUAGCAGAGCUAGAAGUCGCGGAUGAGAAUGGCAUCAACUGGGAUUUGCUGGCGGAAGGAUGGAGCAGCGUCCGCUCCCCCCAGUGGCUCCGGAGCAAAUGGUGGACCAUCAAGAGGCAGAUCGCGAACCACAAAGAGGUGUCAUUUCCCGUUCUCAUCAAAGGCCUGAGGCAACUGCACGAAAGCCAGAAAAAUGCCCCCACUCACCAACUCCCAGACGCUAAAUCUUUACCCGGGCUGCCAAAUUCCCACCCUGGUUCCGGGGUCCAACACGUCCAGAUCCGCAUGACCCGUUUGGAGGAAACGUCCGUCUGCUCUCCUGCUUCCGUGGCAGCCCUACAGAUCCCUCUGCAGAUCACCCACCUCUCUUCUGCCGAUUCCCCGGCGGCUUCUAUCGACUCCGAAACUAUAACACUAAACAGCGGGACGUUGCAGACUUUUGAGAUUUUGCCGUCUUUCCACCUGCAGCCAACUGGGACCCCAGGCACCUACUUACUCCAGACCAGUUCCAGCCAGGGCCUGCCUCUCACCCUGACUGCCAGCCCCACCGUCACCCUGACAGCCGCCGCGGCCCCGGCCUCUCCAGACCAGAUCAUAGUCCACGCCUUGUCCCCUGAACACCUGCUGAACGCGACGGAGAACGUCACCGUGCAGUGCCACGCGCCGAGCGUCAUCAUCCGCACCGUGGCAGCCGAAGACAUUUCUGCGCCCGCCAGCCAGGCGGAACUGGGUGCCCAUUCGGACAUGCAGCCUGUCGAUUUGGCGGGCACGCCCACCUCCCUGGAAACGGAGGACACCCGCCCCUCCAAACUCCCGGGGGGGGAAGAGCCCUCCGCUUUCACCGCCGUCAGUUCCCCCAAGUUCGGCAGCCGAGGCAGCCCGGAGCUCCUGGGAGGAGCCGCGGUCGACAUUCUGAAUUCGGACCUCAAGCGAGAAGAUAAUUGUCCAUCGGAUUUGGCCGGCACUUACGUUUCCGAGAACCUGGGUUCUCCCCCAGCCGAGGAGCAGGAGGCACCGUCCACCCUGGAGGGAGCCGUUCUCAUCGUCCCUUCGCCCCGAGGCUUCAUCCAGGCGUCCGAUGACACGGAGGACGGAGAAUCUGUGCUUCCUCUCACCACCUUGGCAGAUCCCAUCUUACAACACCAUGGAGAGAAUUCUCACCUCAUCGGCUCUUCUUUGGACAGCCCGAGUUCCGAAGACUCCAAGGGCAUGGAGAACUUGGUCAGCUGCCACUGAGGAGGACCUCCCUGGUCCGUUAUCUCCUGCGUUGGUCAAAGGAGGAGGGUCAACCUGGCCGGGGUGACCCAGAGGCACCGUGGGGCUCUCUCCUGAUCUCAAGCGGAGACCGCCGUCUCCAGCCAAAGUUCCUGCAUUCAGGGUGACUUGGGAUGGACAGGGAGGAGAUCCAACGCUCCAGGCCACUAACCCAGCAGUCAACAAGCGCCUGGAAUUGAGGUGGCACCGUUUAGAAUCCGCACCGGUCCUCCUGCUUCGGGGGGGGGGGAGACUAUAGUUUCAGCGUUGUAACCACCGCGGGAGCAAGAAGGGACGUGACGAGAAAAAGAUUUAUUUUACGAGGGGUUCCAAAGGCUGUUCAAGCAGCCGAAAAGCCGGAUCGAGAUUUUCCUUGAAAGUGAAGAAUCUGUUGCUGGCAACGGAUGUCGCACCGGAGGAUUGGACGUAAUUCUUAAACUACCACAGCUAAAAAAAACCGAGUGGAGGAGCACGGAGACUCUCAAGCGGUGAUAAAUUUAGGAGUCCGUUUUAAAUGCAACUGG